ACAUUUAUUUUCAAUCAGCCGCUUCAUGUGGAAGAGGAAACACGGUUUAGUCACAGAAACCGGAGUAAAUCUUUAUUUACUCGGCGUGUUUGAACAUGGAGGCAAAGACAGACAGAGUGAAGAAAGAGGAAAAGAGACUUUCUCUGUGAAAGGAAGAGUCUGGACAGACAGAGCAACAGACUGAGACAUGUCUCCUGCAGAGAGGAUGAAGCUUCUCCUCUUCCUGGCCUCGUUCUUUGGAGCUGUAGGACUUCUGCUCACGCUGCUCUGCUGUGGGACCGAGUACUGGCUGCUGGCUGCCGAGUCCUGCAGCCGACCAGAGGACAGACGGGAGACUGGAGGAGACGAGAUGAGGAUCUUUCACGAGGGCUUGUUCUGGCGAUGUUCCUUCGUGGUCACUUCACAUGAGUUCUCUGUGUGGGACCUUUGGAUCUCCAAUCAGCCAUCGGCAAAGAUUUGCCAGGCGGCCUUCCUCUUCCCAUUUCCUGUGAACGAGCCAAUGAGAUCACAGAUGGACACACUUCCUCCUGAGCCAUAUGAACAUCACUCUGCCAUUGUUUUCAGGACUUUCUGGAGCAUCUUCCUCGUCUCCGGUUUGGCGUCUGUCGUCACAGGUGGAUUUGUGCUCAUCUGCGCCGGCUCGUUGACCAAUCACAGACUCCUUAGAGCUGGUGGGGCCCUUCAGCUCUGUGGGGGCCUGUGUCUGCUGGCCGUGCUGUUGAUGUACCUGAUGUGGGUCCAGGUCCUGGACACUCUGGAGCAGUUUGUCCUCCGUCAGAGUGUCUCCGUCUGUCCCUCCUUCCACCUCAGCGUCCAUCACGGCCCCUCCUUCCUCCUGGCGCCAGCAGCCGUCUUCUUCUGCCUGCUCGCCGGCCUGCUCUUCGUCCUGAUUGGCCGGAUUGUUCGGCGAGACCAGAAAAAGGACAGAGUCCCUGAACCUGAAACCUCGGUGUAGGAUCCACUCUAUCCGGACUGAAGCUGUGAUUGACAGGAGGUCACUCAGCGAGGACCAAACAUCACAAAUGUGGAUCUCUCCCUCCGCUGAAGAUAAUUGGAAUCCUUAAUUGGAGACUUGUCAUGAUAAAUAGUUUUUCUAAUCUAUUUAACAGAUCCCAUUGUGAUUAAUACCCAGAUACACUCGCUCUGAUUUGAUUAUAAUUGAUGAAUCAGUUCUGACAAUAACGUGGCGUGCAGGCGGCUGCUGGGCGGCUGGGCGGCUGGUGUGCACGCUGAAGGAUGGAGCGGGCUGAGAGUGAGCGGAGCUGCCUGUCACUGGGACGUCAGGCUGAAGCACACUGGGUCACAGGGAUGGAGAUGAUAAUAAAUUAAACUGUCAUAAUCCAUUUUCUGACAGGAGGCCACUUCGGAGGUGUGUAAAACACUGAGCGGUCACUAGAGGACAGUGUUGUCUCAGGUUAAAGUGACUUAUGACAACAUCAGAUCAGGCCUGUGGACGAUAUGUGUGAUAAGUGAUGGUUGGUUUGAAUUCUCCUGGCAAAUUAAAGACAAGGACUUUUGUGUU